AUCAACAACAAAAUUUCAUCCAAUGUUUGUUCAAAUUGCGAUACAUAUGAACAAGAACACAAUCCCCGUCAAAAUCAGAUGAUAUUAAGCACGCAUCGUUUCAAUGAAUACAUUUAAUAUCUUAGAUAUCAUUUUUGACAGGUUUAAGCGUAAGUAAAUCCCGAAUUUCGGACUAGUUGUUAAUUUCGGACAAACGAAAGAGUAAUUAUGAAUUUACUAGAAACAGCUAAAAUCUGGCUUCAAAACAACAGCAUUAUAGUUCCUGAUGACUGGUUACAGGCUUGUGUUGAAUGGAUUAGGGAGGAAAAUAGGGACCAACCUCUUGGCCAGGAUGCCGUAAACUCACAGGUGUAUGAACAGUGGCUGCUUAGUGAUCUCCAUGAGCUAGAGACAUCCUGUCUGCCGGCUGAUGUAACUUCAGAGAAGUUUGAGUUGAAUGGAUCUUAUGCCCUACAGAUUGACAGUGUAGUGGACGUGGGUGUGUCCUUCUACUCCCAGUCUCAGAAACUCCAGGGUACAGAAAACCCAAACAUCCAUGUGACCGCUGACGAACCUACACAGAAACCGUGGGAACAGAAGCCAUCUCGUAUGCUGAUGCUGAAGCUAACAGAUGGUCAUACAAGCGUCCAGGGCAUGGAAUAUCGUCCCAUUUCUGCACUUAGCCCGCAGACUCCCCCAGGAGCAAAGAUUCUUGUCCAGGGCCCAGUUCUGUGUCGCCAUGGUAUUCUGAUGCUACUGGAGGGGAAUGUGAAGUUUCUUGGGGGUGAAGUUGACACUCUGGUCGAGGCUAACACGCUCAUUAAUGUUCUUCAGUCAGCCAUGGAAACCAGUUCAGAGAAUGCCGGAAAAGAACACAGCCAGACAUUCCCAGGGUCAGAAGUGCGUAAAAACAAAACUGGUGACUCCUUUAAUGCAGGGUGUGGCCAGUCUCAGCUGGGAACACAACAGGGGAGAAAAUUUGGGAACCAGUCAAGCAAUUUUGGUAACCAGUCAAGCCAUGUCGGAAACCAGACCAGAAAUUUUGGUAACCAGUCAAGCAAUUUUGGUAACCAGUCUGGAAAUAGAGGGACACAGUCUGGAUUUGUGAAGAAAGAGGUGAAAAAUGAGCCAAUAAAAGGCCAACUGCAAAGUACAAGGGAACAAAACAUACCAGAUUUAGAGAUAAGUGACGACAUGUUUAUGGAUGAGAUGGAAAUGGAUGAUGACUUCAUGCAACAACUUGAUGAGGAUAUGGACUUCCAGGAUCCUCCGGCUGUUCCAAACAGUAGAAAUCCGCCUUCUGUUGGUGGAAUGGCUGUUCCAACAGCUAGCCUACCUCCUGCUAAACAGAAUUUGGCUGUUCCAGUUAAUCAUCCUCCCCGGAAUGGGAAUGUUGGUGUUUCAAAACUGGGAUCAUCAUCAGCUAGGGGAAAUACAUGUUUCACCAGCUCAGAUAAAAGGAACUCAAACAAUUUAACUGCACAAGUAAAAAUUGAACAUUUUAAUGAAGACUGUGACCAUGAUUUUUCAAAUGGAAAUAUCUGCCAAAAUUCUUCCACUUCAAGUAAUAUGUGUAAUACAGUAGCAUCAAGAAAUGGCAGUGCUCAAAAAACACCAUCACUAUCGACUGUUGUUAUGACUAAAGGUAACUCAAGUGUGGUAGAUACGGACAUAAGAAAUUCAUUAAAUAGUUUACCGACGCCAAGAGCAGAAAAUGUGUCGUUAUCAGGGAAGCGUCUCUCUGGUGAUAAAUCGUUUGAAAAUGGUUCAUCAAUAAAAAGGCAAAAUAUAGUAAAUGCAUUAAAACCUGAAAAGACGGUAUCCGAAGGAGGAAUUAGAAGUUUGUCUAUGAGUUCCAAUGACCUCUCUCCAGCCCCAUUGUCGCAUAUUGAUGCAGAGUACCCAUUUACUUAUCUCAACAAAGUUCUGGGUCAGCCACCUUCUGAAGAACCAUCCUACCACACUGUCAAGGCCUAUAUCGCCACCCUGGUCAGUAAAUUACGCAUUGAAGGCAACAAGUGGAUGUUGACGUGUAAAAUAAAUGACGGAACUCGGGCCAUUGAUGUUGAUCUUUCGAAUCAGGUCUUAACAGAAAUGAUUGGGUUUUCACCUCAAGAAGCUAAUGAGAUGAAGAAGAGAGUAAAAAUAGACCGAGGGGUUAAGGAGGUUUUGACAGAUGGGAUCAAGCAAUGUCAGCAGAAGCUGAUAGAAUUGAUGUGCCUUCUAGAACUGGAAAUUUCAGCAUCCAAUCCAAGACCAGUUGUCGUGGCAACCAAACCAAUAACAUCCAAUCACAUUAAUAUGCUUUAUAAUAGGGUAGUGGCAUCAAUUAAAAAGUAAUCUACUAAUUUGUUUGCGUAUAUGACUUUCAAAGAUUAUAUUUAGAAAUAUUGUGAUAGCUGGUCGGUCAUUGUCGGCUUCAUAGUCUUGGGGCCAUAUUCAAUAAGCAUCUUAGUGAAUAUUUUCAACUUAGUGAGAAUUUUGUAAUUUUUGACAUCAUUUAUUUUAAAUACCCGCUACUUUUCAUCGCAUUUAUUCAUAUGCAUAUAUUGUUUCGACCAUUUUCUUGCUUAUUUUCAUAUUUUUGGUAUACAAACGUAGUUCGUUUUCUAAAAAUUCAAAUUAGAAAAAAGGCAAAUUUUCAUUAAUAGUUGAUUUUUUGUACAAAGAUGCUUAUUGAAUACGACCCCUGCUAUACCAAUUACCUUGGCCAUAGCUUAAAAAUGUUUAUUAUGUUUUAAUCAAACUUGGUAUACAUGUUGCUAGAGAAAAUUGGUACAAGCAAGGCAAGGGCCAUCACUCCGGCUUUAAAGCUGCUCUCACAGGUUGAACGUUUUGACAACUUUUUUUUGUCUUGGAAUGAGCCAAUUUAUGCGAAAAUGCAUGGAAACCAGUGAUAUAAGACUGCUGACAAAAAAUCAAAUCACAGAUAUUCAUAUACGCAGUUCAAAAAUAGAUGAUUUUUUCAGAAACAGUGAUGCUUUAAGCCAUAAAACAUUAAUUUUCGAAAGGAAAUGUUAAAGUCUGCUAUAUGAUCUUUUGUCAGCAGUCUUAUAUCACUGGUUUGCAGAUAUUUACAAAAAAAUUGCUCAUUCCAAGACAAAAAGUAAAAAAAAAAGUUUACAAAACGGUAAAUCUGUGAGAGUGCAGCUUUAAUAAUUGUUUAUUUAUGAACUUGUUGGUCUGAAAAAAACAUCACACACACGCAUUUCUUUUCACUUAAUGGUGCUCUUGUUAAGAAUAGAUACUGUUUUAAGUUUGCAUCUAAAGUCAGCUUGUUUAACUGGGUUGUCAUGGUAACUAAAUCUGGGGAAAUAGUUACCACAGUAACCUUAUGUUUUCUCUGUUCAUUACAAUUUAUUUUCAAAAUGAAUUACUGUAUUUUAAUGUAUAAAAUAUGUCAUAACUUUUCAAUACAUGCCUUUGUAACUACAGUUUAAACUCGCUAUGUCGAACUCUGUUAUCUAGAUGUUCCGGCUAUGUCGAACUAUGUUAUCUCGAUGUUCCGGCUAUGUCGAACUCUUGUUAUCUCGAUGUCCCGGUUAUGUCCAGCUUUUUUCGAAUAUAAAGGGUUUUGAAAUCUAUGCUGUUUUGAAGUUUUGUACUGUUAUUCCAUGUUUCUUGUCUGUUUUUUGUUUUUGUGUUCUAUGUCUUUGGCGUUUGCCCAGUGCCAUUAAACCGGGUUUAUACUUUUUGCUACUGAGCUUGUUUCUGUAGUUUUUUCGCAUAAAUAUUAGUAAGACAUGUGUUGUAUUUCUGUUAUAUCAAAUAUUGGUUAUCUCGACUAUUUCCCGAAGUCCUUAUGACUUUGACAUAGCGAGUUUUGACUGUAAAUGACACAAUUUCUCAAUGAAUUAUUUUUGAUUUUAUAAAGUCAUAUUUAUUUAUUUUUGACGUUUUAAAUAAAUCAAGAUUAUUAUGCUUGCUGACUUAAAAUUGUUUGAGAAAUUGGUAUCUGCUGAACAAGGUUGCAAUAGCAUUAGAGCAUUUUGUUUUAACUAUAUGGCAAAAUAAUCAUUUAUUUCUUAAGAGAAUGAUUACGUGUAUUUAAGUGUUCUACAUGUAUGGUAUUUUGAAUAAACAUUCAA